ACGCGGCUGCACGGGCAGUACUCGAUCGCAGACCGACUCACAGCCACCACCACUCCACCAUGUACAAGCUCCUGAUCCUGUCCGCGCUGGUGGCCGCCGCUUCCGCCGGCUACCUGGGAGGCUACGCCGCCCCCGCCUACGCCGCCCCCGUGGCCGCCUACGCCGCCCCCGUCGCUGCCGUGGCGCACGCCCCCGUGGCUGUGGCCCACGCCGCCCCCGCUGUGGCCGUCGCGCACGCCCCAGUCGCCUCCUCCGUGGCCAACACGUACAGGAUCUCUCAGACUGCCCGCCUCGCCUACGCCGCCCCCGCCGUGGCUCACGCCCCCGUCGCCUACGCCGCCCCCGCCGUAGCUCACGCCCCCGUCGCCUACGCCGCCCCCGCCUACGGCUACGCUCGCUACGCCGCCGCCGCCCCCGCUCUGGGCUACGGAUACGGAGCCUACGGCUACGCCGCCCCUGCUCUCGGCUACGGCCACGCCCUCGUCCAUUACUCGAUCGCUCGACCGACACACACCCAACACCGCUCCACCAUGUACAAGCUCCUGAUCCUGUCCGCGCUGGUGGCCGCCGCGUCUGCCGGCUACCUGGGAGGCUACGCCGCCCCCGCCUACGCCGCCCCCGUGGCGGCCUACGCCGCCCCCGUCGCCGCCGUGGCGCACGCCCCCGUGGCUGUGGCCCACGCCGCUCCUGCUGUGGCCGUCGCGCACGCCCCGGUCGCCUCCUCCGUGGCCAACACGUACAGGAUCUCGCAGACAGCCCGCCUCGCCUACGCCGCCCCCGCUGUGGCUCACGCCCCCGUCGCCUACGCCGCCCCCGCCGUAGCUCACGCCCCCGUCGCCUACGCCGCCCCCGCCGUAGCUCAUGCUCCUGUCGCCUACGCCGCCCCCGCCUACGGCUACGCCCGCUACGCCGCCGCCGCCCCCGCUCUGGGCUACGGCUACGGAGCCUACGGCUACGCCGCCCCCGCUCUUGGCUACGGCCACGCUCUCGUCCAUUAGGGCCUGCACAAACUACAGUGUACCCCAUUUGUAACAUAAAACCAAAUAAAAAAUAAAAAAACUUCGUAAUAAUAAUAAA